CAUCAUAUCCCCCACACCAUCGCCAUGGCCGCCUCCCGCGUAAUCCUCAUCACGGGCGCAUCAGCCGGCAUCGGCCGCGCGUGCGCCGUCGGCCUGUCCAAGGCCUUUCCCUCGGCAGAGCACCCCGAGCCCCUCGUCCUCGCCCUCAUGGGCCGCCGCGAGGAGGAGCUCAAGGCCACCGCGGAGCAAUGCCGCGAGGGCACCAAGAUCGAGGUGCUCAGCGGCGACGUGAGCUCCGAGGACGACGUCAAGCGCGUGUUUGGCGUCAUCAAGGAGAAGUAUGGGCGCCUGGACCUGCUCUUCAACAACGCCGGCGUCAACCUCCUCAAGGGCUCCGCCCUCGAAGACUCGGACAUGGACAAGUUCCGCAAGACGCUAGACGUCAACGUGAUGGGCGCGGUGCUCUGCACUGCCGCUGCUGUCCGCCUGAUGAAGGAGCAGAGCCCUCAAGGCGGGCGCAUCGUGAACAACGGGUCCAUCUCGGCGUCCUCCCCGCGCCCCGACUCGACCUCGUACACCGUGUCCAAGCACGCCAUCCUCGGCCUCACGCGCUCGACGUCGCUCGACGGGCGCAAGUACCACAUCGCCGCGACACAGCUCGACAUCGGCAACGCGCUCACCGACCUCUCGCAGGGCAGCGGCAAGGGCACGCCCCAGGCCGACGGGAGCAUCAAGGUCGAGCCGCUCUUCGACGUCAACGAGGUCGCCCGCACGCUCGCGUACCUCGCUGCGCUGCCGCGUAAUGUCGAGGUCCUGCACCUGGAGAUUUUGGCGCUGGGCAUGCCUUACGUUGGGCGCGGAUGAGCGGGGAUGUAAAGGGAUUGAGGCGCCGUUGGGAUGCAUUCUUGGUUCAUCG